AUGAUUAUCAAGGAAUACCGUGUGACACUCCCACUAACAGUCGAGGAGUAUCAAGUGGGCCAGCUCUACUGCGUCGCAGAAGUAUCCAAAAACGAAACUGGCGGCGGUGAAGGAAUUGAAGUUAUAAAAAAUGAGCCCUUCAAAGAUUAUCCCCUACUCGGUGGAAAGUUCUCGUCGGGGCAGUACACAUACAAGAUCUACCACUUGGCCUCGAAGGUGCCCGCCUUCAUCAGGCUGCUGGCGCCCAAAGGCUCAUUGGAGGUGCACGAAGAAGCGUGGAACGCGUACCCAUACUGCCGAACUGUGCUUACGAAUCCCGGCUACAUGAAGGAGAACUUCGUUAUUUGCAUAGAAUCAUUGCAUUUACCAGACGCCGGCGACCAGUACAAUGUACACGAGCUAGCGCCUGAAAAGCUAAAGAACCGUGAAGUGGUCCACAUAGACAUCGCGAAUGACCCUCUGUCGUCCGCCGACUACAAGAUAGAGACGGACCCCACUAAAUUCAAGUCCACCAAGACGGGCCGCGGCCCCCUCGUGGGCCCCAACUGGAAGAACGAUGUGAAACCUGUCAUGACAUGCUACAAGCUCGUCACUGCUGAGUUCAAGUGGUUCGGACUUCAGAGUAAAGUAGAAAACGUGAUCCAGAAGUCGGAGCGGCGGUUGUUCACCAUAUUCCAUAGACAAGUGUUCUGCUCAAUCGACGACUGGUUCGGCAUGACCAUGGCGGACAUCCGCGCCAUCGAGGACCGCACCAAGGAGGAGCUCGAGAAACUUCGUCGGCAGGGCGAGGUCCGCGGCAUGAGGGCCGACAACGAGUAG